GAUGGAGGAAGAGAUGGACGCAUGGCGGCGAGGGAAGCAGGGACCGUUCCUGCCUCUGCGGCCGACCGAGGGCAUGGGACCCGACGCGAGAAGGAUGGGACCCGACGUGGCCCGACUGCGACGGGUGCAUCACCAACGGCCAGAGACGAGGAAGACGUUCAUCGACCUCAGCGCCGUCCGACUGCAAGCGUCGCGCGAGAUGCAAGUCCACGUCCAGAAGCAGCUCUUGGCGAUCAAGCGGGCCAAGCAGGCCCCACUUCUCUGCGCCAGCUACACGAGCUUCCCCGACAUGGAGCCCAAGACCGAGGACAAGGAAGACACCAUUGCGCCAGACGUCAUACGGCAAGUCGAAGAUGCGACCGAGGACGUGCAAGCUCACGACGACGUGCCCGACCACCUCCGGGCCGACGAGGACGACGACCUCGAGCAUUCUCGCGAAGACUAUAAUACCGAUGCUGCAGCUGAUGCCCAUGACGACGACGAACCGGCAGAGCUCGAUGACGGUGUGGACAUGGCCCAAGACUGGCGACAAAAUGACGAUGCAGAUGGCGAGUCGUAUGACCUCUACGGUGCCCUGGACGGCGACGACCUUGGGUGCAGCGACGACGUCGGCCCCGAGACUUGCGACGAGUUUGACGCGGGUGUGCCAGAUGAUGAACGACGGGAAGACGCUCCUCCGACGACGCGCGUAAGAGAAACCUCUCCCAGUGCGGCCUACGCCCGGCAUCUGCAAGAGAGACUCUGGGCCGACGACGACACCAUUGCGAUCUUUCAGCUGGACGAAGAGAGCUGCGGUGGCGAGGCGUUGAACGAGUCGCGUGGUCAAGACGAUGAUGCGCUGUCACAUGACGAUCUUGUCGAAGAGGCCUGGGAGGUUCCUGCGACGCUCGUGCCCCAUGCGUAUCCCAUUCCAUGGACACCGACCUUUGACAACCUCAGCCCCGCAUCUCCGCAGAGCGUCACCCAUUCCAGUCCGUCGCUCUCGUCGGAGGACGCCAGCACGUCCUCGAACGAGCACGCGCGUAUCACCAACAGCAAUCUCGAACACAGCGAGUGGUCUGCGUCUGCGAUCAACGCAAUCAUCGGCGAUGGGUUUGUCACCGAUGACGCAAGCCAGCACAAGGAGCGCGGUGACGAGGAAUCCGAGUCGAGCAUGCAUGCGCUUGGCAUGGAUGGCAGUGCUAUUGCUGCCGAGGCCAUGGAAGACGCGGCCGACGCGUCGACGGAUGAUGCCGCCGACGAGAUGCAAAACGUGCCAGCCGCUACCAGCAUGUCGUUGGACGUGUCGUCAAGCGAGUACGAUCACGUGUUUUCGGGCUCGGACGUUGACGAUGCGAUCUCGCCAGGGUACUAUGGCGACAUUUCGGUGCUGAGCAUCAUGACGCCGGCGUCUAUUGCCGAGCUCGACCUCGACGAGGAUGCCGAUAAAGCCAGCACGUCGUCGGCGCUUGGGGAGCCUGUUUCUGUCGACUCUGUGGACGACCUUGUGAAAACGAGCUCGCGAUCGAACGCGGCUCCACGCACACCACUCAACGACGACGCCGAGGAUUUGAUGCUCGAUGUUUCGGGAAACCUUCGGCUCGACGAGUCCAACGAUCGUCUUUUGGACGGCCUCGUCAUGGACGUUCUGCAAGGGUCAUUGUCGCCGCUGUCGACCGAGAUCCCUUCGGUUCCAGAGGUGGACGACGCCGCAGCUUUGCCCACAGCAGCAAUACCUACAGCAUCUCCUCGCCCACUCGACGCGUAUCUCUGGCUGAAUGUGCUUCGCCGUUUUGUGCCGUGCAUGGUGUUUGUCGCUCUGGGCUUUGCCGGCUUGCGCUGCCGUGACCAUGUCGCGGCGAUGCAGCUCGACGCCGUUGCACCACGUUUGCAGCGGCUCACGGACGGCUUGGCGAGCCGCCAGUCGUUCCUCGAAGCAACGGCCCGGGCUGUAGGAACGCUGCGUACGAGCGUGGCUUUGCACCUCCGUGGAGACACCCAACUGGAUGCGUAUCGUCGCCAGAGUGACGCGAUUGCUGCUGGCCGGUGGCGCCUUGUGGACGACUACACGGCUGCAAUCAACGGCGCGCGUGCCCAAGCCGAUGCGUCCUUUCACGUGGUCCAGGACUUUUCCGAGGCAACGAUUGAGCAGCUUGCCAAGCACUUCAACCUGCCUUGGACGUCGAUGGCAUCGAACCUCGAGGCCUGGACACGCAUGUGGCAGCGCGACGCAGCGACCUUGAGCCGUCGUCGUGCUGACGUGGUCGUGUGGCAGCAGCGUUUGGCGACGACGCCAACGUUUGAGUUUGAGUUUCGCGACAUGCUCCAGCUCGCACGACAGUGCCGCAAGGACCAAGCACCCACCUCGCUGCCACCGCUACCGUCGCACACGGCCGAGUUUGGCACGGACUGGCACGUCUGGAUGGGCUUGGUCUUGGUGUUUGCUGCCGUGCCCAUGAUUGCUUGCACGGGCCAUUUGAUGCGACCCCGCCCAGCAGUAUGGCUCAAGAACGAAAGUCCGAUGCGGCAUGCGCCAUUGCGACGCACCGACGCGGCCUCGCCGCACUUUAGUACGUCCACUGCGUAAGCAGAUGCGAUCGCGCUUCGUCGUUUAACGUGCUGAAUCUUAUUUAUACAGCCGGUCCA